CGCUUUUUUUUUCACUCCUCGAGCUUUCUGCUGCUGCAGUUGAAAUGCAUUGGUCGGACCAAAGGCUGUCAAUGGUGUGCAUUUGCACAGCCACUAACCCCUGAAAUUUCAACCCAAAUCCAAUAAUCAUGAUCAUUUCUCACACCCUCAUCCUACUUUCUCCCUUUCACUUGAAAACCCCACUUCAAAAUCUUCACACCCAAUUUAGGCCUAAACCAACUAUUUCCCUUCCUUCAAUCUUCAAUCCAUGGAAAUUAAAGACCUACAAAAUCCAGAGUAAAGCAGCAGUUCGUAGUGAUGGAGAAGCUUUUAAUUGGAAAAAAUGGCUGCCCAGGAAAGUUGAUUUUGGGCCUGAUAAAGUUCUUCAAUCAAUUGCUGGCGCAACCUCAAGCCCAAUUUGUCAGUUUAUCACUUCUCCGACCACUUUCUUGCAUAUUGUUGACCCUAGAAUUAAAUUGGUUUGGCUUAUAGUGUUAGUUUUCUUGCCAGCGCGCUCCCAUAUUUACAUGCGCUUUGGGAUUGUGCUUUCUCUUGCUCUUCUGUCCACUUGGAUACUCCCAACAGACGUGUGGAAGGAUCAAUUGGGUAGAGUGACUUUGCUAUCCAUCAUUUUAUUUUUAGUGCUGGGACUGACUGCUGAUGGUGUCCUUCCCAGUGUCUCUCAAAGGACUCCACCACCAUCUUUUAGCGGACUUUCAAAUAUACCUUCAUCAUUCAAAGGUUAUAAAUAUAUGCUUUUCAAGUUUGGACCUUUACAGAUGACAAGAAAAGGACUCUCUAUUGCAAGUACAUCUGCAUGCCUCACAUUCACUAUAUUACAAAGUGCUAGCCUCUGUUUGUCGACAACUCCCCCGGAGCAACUGGCGUCAGCAUUACGGUGGUUCCUGCUCCCUUUAGCACGUAUUGGUGUUCCAGUGGCCGAAAUUGUUCUUACUCUAAUGCUUUCAUUAAGGUUCAUAAAUCUUAUUUUUGACGAGGUCAAGAAUGUUGCGCUUGGAAUUCUGUCUCGUAGAAUUGAUUGGCAGGACAUGACACUACUGGAGAAAGUUGAUGUCUUCGUGAUGUAUAUCCGGCGGAUCUUUAAGAAUAUUUUUAGCCAUGCCGAGCAAAUAUCACAGGCCAUGAUUGUUCGAGGUUUCCGAGGUGAUAGCAAUCGUCACAAGAUACACUUCCAACCCUCGUCUUUUACGAUGCCAAAUCUCAUCUCCUUAUUAGCUCUGUGUGGUGUUAUUGGUGCUACGAGGUUGUCAGGGUCCUUACUUGUCUGAUAAGCAGCAUGCAGCAUGCAGCCUCAGUUAUUUAUUUUGCAAACGGUGUUAUCAUCUCUAGUCAAAACUCAACACUCAACACUCCAAGUUUUAUCCAAAAUUUCAUGGCAUCCAUAUGAUCAACAUGUAAAAACAGCCUCGCCUCUUGGAGUUUCUGGAUGACGCUUGAUUGACUCGGAAAAACCAACUGUGAAUCAAAGGAGUCAUUCUUAAGAUUCUGUGACAGUAGCAACUCUGAAAAUGGAUAUUUGAAGACUUGCAAGCAAAAUUUAGGGGUUUCGAUUGGAAAAAGGUCUAACUUUUCACUGGACUGAUUUAAAAGACUUGGAAUUGAAAAUUUGAGUUCAGACGGGUAGACAUCGAAUCCAUCAUCUUGACUCCAAAGUUGUUUAAAAAUAUUAGGAAAAUUUGUCAAUUACUACCUACGUUUUUAGUGAAUUUGAGAAUUACUCCUUAAUUUGUUAAAGGUUAUCAAUUACCACCUCUGUUCCUAUA